CUGUGUUUUUCUACACCUCUGCAUAGUAUUCCCUAGAAAUCCCCAGAGACGCAGCUCAAUCUCGGUUGACUGACAGCUGUAGCUCGUCUCUCGGGCGUCAUCAGUCCGGGCACAAAUAAACCAAGCCUUUUUCUACACUUCUGCGUCCAGUGUUUUCAAGGAGGGAUGCGAUGGACCGGCUCAUACAAGGGAUGAAUAAAUAAAUGUUUUGAGGACAUCACCUCUCUGAGGAGCUUGGCUGCAACCGCCUCACCCUCAUCCACUCGCCCAACUCCUGUUUCUAUCACACUUGCUCCUCACAGCAGCUUUCAGCAUGACAACAUUUGACUUCUCGGAUGUAGAGGCGUUUUUGGACUGUCAUCCAGAUCUCUUCGAGGAGUAUCUCGUUCGUAAAGCGAAAUGUGAUCAGGUUAGCAGGUGGUUGAAGGAGCACCAACCUUCGAAAGUGUCCACGGUUGAGGAGAAGCGCGGCACCGUCAGGGACCCGCUGUGGCCGACCAACCCAGACGGGCUCCGGCGCAGAUCGUCCCACAUGGAACUGCGGCGGAACUUCGCCCGGUCCAAAGCGACAACCGCACACUGGACCUACGACGAGCAUGUGAGUCUGGCCGAACACGAGUCUCAGUCCAGCAUGAGGCGCCGUGCGCUGCUGCGUAAAGCCAGCUCCCUACCUCCGACCACCGCGCACAUCCUGAGCGCCCUGCUGGAGUCCAGGGUCAACGUGCCCCAGUACGCGUCCAGUGCCAUCGACUACAAGUACAGACUGAAGGAAACCAACGAGAGGGAGUUUUUCCUGGAGUUGGUGAAGGAUAUUUCUAAUGAUCUGGACCUGACAAACCUGAGUUAUAAGAUACUGAUCAAUGUGUGCAUCCUUGUGGACGCAGACAGGUGUUCACUUUUUCUUGUGGAGGGACCUGCGCACAAGAGGACUCUGGUGUCCAAAUUUUUUGAUGUACACUCAGGCACAACAGUCCGACCGUCCUCAAGCACCCUGAACUCCAAUGAAGUCCAAGUUCCAUGGGGAAAGGGUAUAAUAGGAUAUGUGGCAGAGCAUGGAGAAACUGUAAACAUUCCAAACGCAUAUGAGGACCACCGCUUCAGUGAUGAGAUAGACAAGUUAACAGGCUAUAAGACUCAGUCCAUCCUGUGCAUGGCCAUCUGUAACAGUGAUGGAGAAGUCAUAGGUGUUGUGCAAGCAAUCAACAAAAACCCCAUUGGCACCCCCUUCACUGAAGAUGAUGAGAAGGUGCUGCAGAUGUAUCUUCCAUUCUGUGGAAUAUCGAUUUCUAAUGCCAAGCUGUUUUCAGAGUCACGCAAGGAGUAUGAACGGAGCAGGGCCUUGCUGGAAGUCGUCAACGAUCUGUUUGAGGAGCAGACUGACCUGGAGAAAAUAGUCCGAAAGAUCAUGCAACGGGCCCUGACCCUCCUUCAGUGUGAACGCUGCUCUGUGCUUCUCUUAGAGGACAUUGAUUCACCUGUUGUAAAAUUCUCUAAAACAUUUGAGCUCAUGUCUCCGUUGUGUAACAUGGACCACGACAUCAGCAUGGAGAAACUGUCGUGCUCUGACUGGCUGAUCAAUAACAGCAUUGCUGAGCUGGUGGCUUCCACGGGACUGCCUGUUAACAUCAGUGACGUGUGUCAAGACCCACGCUUUGACGCUGAGGCGGAUCAGGCCUCAGGGUUUCACAUCCGAUCAGUGUUAUGCGUUCCUAUCUGGAAUCGAACCCAUCAGAUAAUUGGAGUUGCACAAAUUCUGAAUCGUUUGGACAGGAAGACUUUCAAUGAUGCAGAUCAGAGACUGUUUGAGGCAUUUGUUAUAUUCUGUGGCCUUGGGAUCAAUAACACAAUGAUGUACAAUCAAGUGAAGAAAACCUGGGCCAAACAGUCUGUGGCACUGGAUAUGUUGUCUUACCAUGCAACCUGCUCCAAAGUAGAAGUUGACAGGCUCAAGGCGGCCAAGAUCCCCCUGAGCAGUGAGUUAGGCAUCGACGAGUUUCAUUUCAAUGACUUCUCUUUGGACAAUGACGCCAUGAUCACUGCGUCACUCCGGAUGUUUCUGGAACUUGGUGUUGUCCAGAAAUUUAAAAUCGACUAUGAGGUUUUGUGCCGCUGGCUUCUGACAGUGAGGAAGAACUAUCGAACUGUGGCGUACCAUAACUGGAGGCAUGCCUUCAACGUGUCCCAGUGCAUGUUUGUUAUGAUCACAACAGCCAGCUUCCAGGAUGUCUUGACAGAUGCUGAGAUGCUGGCGCUGAUGGUCGGAUGUCUGUGUCAUGACUUGGACCACCGAGGCACCAACAAUGCAUUUCAAGCCAAAACUGGUUCUGCUCUGGCUUUACUCUACGGGACAUCAGCCACACUGGAGCAUCAUCACUUCAACCAUGCAGUCAUGAUCCUACAAAGUGAGGGUCACAAUAUCUUUGCAAACCUCUGCUCUAAAGAGUAUAGCAACAUGAUGCAACUCCUGAAGCAGGCCAUUCUGUCCACAGACCUUACUUUGCACUUUGAGCGCAGAACUAAGUUCUUUGAGCAUGUUCUGUCUGGAGAAUUCAGCUGGACAGAUGAAGGACACAGAGAAGUUCUCAGGUCUAUGCUGAUGACAGCAUGUGAUCUGGGUGCCGUCACUCGUCCUUGGAAGGUAUCCAAACAGGUUGCAGAACUGGUGACGAGUGAAUUCUUUGAACAAGGUGACAGGGAAAGGUCUGAACUCAAGUUGACUCCAGCGGCAAUAUUUGACCGCAAUCGCAAAGAUGAGCUUCCCACCUUACAGCUGGAGUGGAUAGAUGGGAUCUGUUUACCCCUUUACCAGGCGUUGCUGAAGCUGAACAGGAAGUUACAGCCAAUGGUUGAUGGGAUAGAGUCCAACCGAAAGAAGUGGCAGGAGCUCUGCUCGUCCGACCAGCACAGAGCCUUGGUGUCCAAUCAGAGCGCUGAACCAGGUCAGAGUCCUCAGUCCCAUGAAGAUGCAGAGUCGAAUCAACCCUCAGAGGCGAAAGAGACCGUGAAGCUGGUUAAAGACACAAAGCUUGGGUCAACUCCUCAGUUAAGUCAGGGUCUGAAGUGUGGAGUAAAUAAAGACUCCUGUGAUGGUGCAGCAGCUUCAAUUAACAUCAAAUAACUUCUACAAAUAGGGAAUAAAACAGUUAAGUGCAAGUUUAUCUGUUAAGUUAGAUUCUUGCUAUACCCUGUAUUUUUUAAUGACUCACUAACUUAAAACUAUUUUUUAAAAAUAUAAAUAAAAUGCAGUUUUCACCUGCUUUCCUUCUCCCAAGUGUCACUGUGUUAAACUCAGGAGUCGGACUUCUGUCCCAGUAAACCACCUUUAUUGUUAGGUCAGUGUUUCUACACCCAACCAUCUGUGUAUCUGAAAGUAAGCUCAGAGAAGAGACUUUUACUGAAAUCUUAAAACCAAAGAUGGCCACAUAUUCAUUUAUGGGAACUGCCUCAAAAACACAAACAUAUUUUAUUGCCUUUAUAAACCAAAAAGUUGUCACUGUGAUUCCUCUCACACAGAUUUCCAUCAUGAAUGUAGACUGGAGCAGGAUUUGUUCCUGAAUGUUACUGAUAAGCUGUCUUGUCUCAGCUGCAACUCUUGGCUGCAUGAUGUAAUUUUAUAUUAAUGUUUUUUUUUAGAUUAGUAUAACAGUAUUUUUUGUUCGUUUUUUUUUUUUUUGUGAAUUGCAUGUAUAUGUCACAUCUGUAAAGUACAGCUUUAUGUUUAGACAAAAACUUGAGGUACAAAAUGGGUUUAAUGCUUUUCAGUCUUUGUUGUUAACAAAUAUAUUAGCUAUUUUUUUGAGUGAGACAAAUACGGCAUCCCCACAGUUUCCCAUUUUCACAAAGGUUGUUUUAACAUGACACAGAGGGUGAAAACAUGUGUAAAUAAAAAGAUUAAAUAAUAUUAAGCUGCUUGGGCUAAAUGCCCCUGCCAUCAUAUUGCCAUAAUAUUAUAAUGCAGUACCUUUUUGGCAAAUCAAAUUCCUACUGUGUAUUAAAAAAACCCUAUCAUAUAUUUGUUACAUUUUGUAUUUACUUAGAAAAAUGCUUGUUGCUGUCCCUCAGGAAAAAAAAAAAAAAGUAGGAUUCCUGACUCUAAUUUUUGCCUUUAGAAGACUAGUAUGUAAAAUUGCCAAAAUACAUUAAGGUUUUCAAGGGGAACUCCACGGACUUCACACAUUAGUCAUUUUAGACUUCAGUUUACUUGUGCUUGUCCUGUUUUGUGGCUCUCUGAAGAGCUGUACAAGAGAUGAACUAAAUAUGAUGAUAUUUAAGUUUCCACAGACUUAACUUUAUUUCUGUGGGGAAUUCUUUAAAACUGAGGUUUUAAAGAAUGAGUGUGUCCAACUAAAAGCACUUGAAGCAUCAUUGCAAAAUUUAAAAAGCACAAUCCAGUAUUCAUGGAGCUUCACUCAAUUUCCAUCUAUUUUCAAUCUGUCUGAUUCUACUAACUGAAAAAGUGCAACACUAAAUCAAUGUAGAACCCCUUAAAAGAUAAGAAUGUGUAAAUGUAUAGCCUGUGUUGAUUUUGUUUCACAUUGAUCAUCACAGUAUUUUGGUGUAGUAAAGUGCACAGCAUGCUGAUUAUGUUGAGAAGUGUAAAAAGUGCAUGUUUGGUUUUGUUCUUGGUACUGGACAUUGAUGCCUUUGACUGCCCUAUGAGAUUUGCUUUGCAUGAAAAUACUGUUGGGUAAAGCUACGUGUUGAUAAGAAUGUUGUUGCUGCAAAACAGAGUUUUAUUUUGAAACACAGACUGUACUAAAAUUAUACAUUCAUUAUUUUUUCAUACACACAUGGGCUCUAUAUUUAUGCAACUUGUAUAAUUGGCAUUUUCUCCUGCUAUUUAUAACCUGUCCAUUAGAAAUACAUU